AUGGCAACCAAAUUUUACCAGCACCCCUUGGCCUUGGCCUUUGCUGUUGAUGAGAUCAACAUGGAUCCCAAGAUCUUGCCUAAUGUCACUCUCGGCUUCCACAUCUAUGACACUUACAAAGAUUAUAAGAUGUCCUACCGCACCACUCUGGAAUUGCUGUAUAAAUGCCAUAGAUAUUUCCCAAAUUUUGAAUGCGACAUUCAGAAGAAUCUAAUGGCCAUCAUAGGGGCACUUGGAUCUGAUGUCUCCUUCCACAUGGCAGACAUUCUAGGCCUCUAUAAGAUUCCACAGCUCACAUAUGGAUCAUUUCCCCCAGUUGACAGGGUCAAUGCUAAGUCCCCUUCCUUUUACCGCAUGGUUCCCAAUGAAGCCCAUCAGUACACAGGGAUUGUCCAGUUACUUCAGCACUUUGGAUGGACGUGGGUUGGGCUCUUUGCUGUGACUGAUGAUAGCGGAGAGCAUUUCAUCCAGGAAAUGGAGCCUUUGCUUUUCCAGCAUCAAAUCUGUGUGGCCUUCACAGAAAUGUUUGGAGGCCAAGGUCGUUGGGAUUCCGUUUUUGAUGCUCUAUAUUUAUUUUCAGGUGUUCAGCAAGCUUUGGAAAACAGCAAAACCAAUACAUUAAUCCUCUAUGGAGAAACUAUGACCAUUAUUGCAUUGACCUCAUUUCUACACAUAGGUUAUCACGAACUACUGGAAAAUACUUCCUUUAGAAGGGUGUGGAUUGUUACUGCUCAGGUUGAUUUUGCAUUAACAGGCAUACAAAGGUCCUGGGGUUUUGAAUUCUUCCAGGGUGCAAUCUUCUUCUCAAUUCACUCCCAAGAGCUACCAGCAUUCCAGACAUUUCUUCAAAAUAUAAAACCAUAUCGGAUAGCAGAAAAUAGUUUCCUCAAGGAUUUCUGGGAACAAGCCUUUGGCUGCCUACUUCCGGAUUCCCAAGAAUCAUCUCAGAGUGAUGGAACCUGUACUGGGGAGGAGAAGCUGGAGAGCCUUCCUGCACCUCUUUUUGAAAUGCAGAUGACUGGCCAUAGCUACAGCAUCUAUAAUGCAGUCUAUGGCAUAGCACAUGGUCUGCAUGACAUGCAUCUAUCUCGCUCCAACCACAGAUCAGUGGUGGGUGGUGGCAAAAGAGAUGGCCUUCAUGAUCUCCAGUCUUGGCAGCUUCACCAAUGUCUUCAGCAUAUCUCCUUUAACAACUCAGCAGAAGAUACAGUGUCUUUCAGUGGUAAGAAGGAAACAGGAGGUGGAUUUGAUGUCAUGAACUUGGUGGUAUUCCCAAACAAGUCUUAUGCUAAAGUGAGAAUUGGAAAAGUGGAUCCUGACGCUAUUGAAGGAAAGGAACUGAUCAUUGAAGAGGACAAAAUUAUGUGGCAGAGCCGCUUCAACCAGGCGGUGCCCAUUUCACAGUGCAACGAAUAUUGCCUUCCUGGUUCUCGGAAGCAAAAGAAAGAAGGAGAGCAAUUUUGCUGUUAUGACUGUGUUCCUUGCCCCAAUGGAAAGAUUUCAAACCAGAAAGAUAUGGACGAUUGUAUUGAAUGCCCAGAAGAUCAAUAUCCAAACAAGGACCAAGAUCAAUGCAUUUUCAAGACAAUCAGCUUCCUGUAUUAUGAAGAACCUUUAGGAAUCAGUUUAGCUUCAGUGGCACUUUCUUUUUCCCUAAUCACUGUAUUUGUGUUGGGAAUUUUUAUUAAGCAAAGAGAUACUCCCUUAGUCAAAGCCAACAACCGGGAUAUCACCUAUACCCUUCUUAUCUCUCUCCUGCUCUGCUUCCUUUCUACUUUUCUCUUCCUUGGAGAACCUACCAAGGUGUCCUGUUUCCUCCGACAAUCAGCUUUUGGCAUCAUCUUCUCAGUGGCUGUUUCUUGUGUCUUGGCCAAAACCAUUACUGUGGUUGUGGCAUUCAUGGCCAUCAAACCAGGGUCCAGCAUGAGGAAGUGGGUGGGGAAAAGAUUGACCAAGUCUGUCAUCCUUCUUUGCACUCUUAUUCAAGUAGGCCUAUGUGUGUUGUGGCUUGGAACCUCUCCCCCAUACCCACAUUUAGACAAGAAGUCCCUGACUACACAGAUUGUAGCAGAAUGUAAUGAAGGGUCUGCCAUCAUGUUUUAUAUUGUGUUGGGCUACUUGGGACUUCUGUCCCUCAUCAGCUUGAGCCUGGCUUUCCUAGCCAGGAAUUUGCCAGACACUUUUAAUGAGGCCAAAUUCAUCACCUUCAGCAUGCUGAUGUUUUGCAGUGUGUGGUUCUGUUUUGUUCCAACCUACCUGAGCACCAAAGGGAAAUACACAGUGGCAGUGGAGAUCUUCUCUAUCUUGGCUUCCACUGCUGGGUUACUGGGUUGCAUCUUUUCUCCUAAAUGCUACAUUAUUCUAUUGAGGCCUGAGCUGAUUAAGAGAGAACAGUUAUUGCAGAGAGUAAAGUAUUGA